ACGGAAGAUCAGGCGCCAGCUCAGAUCAGGAGCAUAAUCGAUCGUUACCCGAUCGUGUUGUUCAUGAAGGGAACUAGACAGGCCCCGCAGUGCGGCUUCUCCGACGCAACUGUCGCCCUCCUGGAUCAGCUGCAGGUGGACUACGAGUGUAUCGACUGUCUGGAUGAGGAACGGAACCCGGGCUUGAGGGAGGCGAUCAAAGUCUUCUCGGAAUGGCCGACGAUUCCGCAGCUGUACGUUGGAUCGGAGUUCAUCGGAGGAGCAGACAUUUGCCGCGACAUGGCGGAGGCAGGAGAGCUGCAGGACGUGAUCGAGAAG